CUCACAGGAGAAAUCAAUUCCAAAAGCAGCACAGGAUUUGAUGACAAAUGGUUAUAUCUCUCUUCACAAGAAGGAAGUCUUUGUGUCUGGAGUGAAGAUUUUCUAUGGUUCCCAGACUGGUACAGCAAAGGAAUUUGCAACAAUUCUUGCUGAAGCUGUUACCUCCCUAUAUCUGCCUGUGGCAAUUAUUAAUCUGAAAGAAUAUGAUCCAGAUGAUAAUCUAGUAGAAGAGGUUACUAGUAAAAAUGUUUGUGCCUUCCUGGUUGCUACAUAUACUGAUGGCCGACCAACUGAGAGUGCAGAGUGGUUCUGCAAAUGGUUAGAGGAAGCGUCCAAUGAUUUUCGAUUUGGCAAAACUUACCUGAAGGGUAUGAGAUAUGCAGUGUUUGGCCUGGGAAAUUCUGCCUAUGCGAGCCACUUCAACAAGGUUGGCAAGAAUGUUGAUAAGUGGCUCUGGAUGCUCGGUGCUCAUCGCGUGAUGACUCGAGGGGAGGGCGACUGCAAUGUCGUUAAAAGCAAACAUGGCAGCAUUGAAGCCGACUUCAGAGCUUGGAAGACCAAGUUCAUCUCCCAGCUCCAGGUGCUUUGUAAAGGAGAGAAGAAAUCCUGUGAUGGCAAUUGCAAGAAAGGCAAAUGUGAAUCUAAUCAGCGUAGCUCAGAGGAAAUGGAGCUAGGAUCUCAUCCUCAGGAUGGAUUGCAUCAGAGAGACCCUGAGAGAGAAAAGGAACAGCAGGAAGAGAAAACUGGUUUGUUCAGGAACACCGUGAAGAAUGAAGCCAGUGAGAGAAGAGCUAUGAUAACUCCUGCUCUCCGAGAAGCCCUUACUAAACAAGGUUAUCAGUUGAUUGGGAGCCAUUCUGGUGUGAAACUUUGCAGGUGGACAAAGUCAAUGCUCCGAGGAAGAGGAGGUUGCUAUAAACAUACAUUCUAUGGUAUUGAAAGCCAUCGUUGCAUGGAAACCACCCCGAGCUUAGCAUGUGCAAAUAAAUGUGUCUUCUGUUGGCGGCACCACACCAAUCCAGUGGGCACUGAAUGGCGGUGGAAGAUGGACCAGCCUGAAGUGAUCUUAAAGGAAGCCAUUGAAAACCAUCAGAACAUGAUCAAGCAGUUUAAAGGUGUACCAGGUGUCAAAGAAGAACGUUUUAAAGAAGGAAUGACAGUAAAGCACUGUGCAUUGUCCCUUGUGGGAGAACCCAUCAUGUACCCAGAAAUCAACAGGUUUUUGAAGCUACUCCAUGAGUGUAAAAUAUCCAGUUUCCUGGUCACAAAUGCACAAUUCCCUGUGGAAAUCAGGAAUCUUAAACCGGUUACCCAGCUAUACGUCAGUGUGGAUGCCAGCAGCAAAGACAGCCUGAAGAAAAUUGACCGCCCACUCUUCAAGGACUUCUGGCAAAGAUUCCUGGACAGUUUGAAAGCCUUGGCAGCAAAGCAACAGCGGACUGUCUACAGACUGACUCUAGUUAAAGCAUGGAAUGUGGAUGAACUCCAAGCCUAUGCUGAGCUGGUGUCUCUAGGGCGUCCUGACUUCAUCGAAGUGAAGGGUGUUACCUACUGUGGAGAGAGUUCAGCAAGCAGUCUUACCAUGGCCAACGUGCCCUGGCAUGAGGAAGUAGUACGCUUUGUCCGUGAAUUGGUGGAUCUGAUCCCUGACUAUGAAAUUGCUUGUGAACAUGAACAUUCCAAUUGCCUCCUGAUUGCUCACAAAAAGUUUAAGAUUGAUAGAGAAUGGUGGACGUGGAUUGAUUAUAACCGCUUCCAGGAGCUUAUCCAGGAAUAUGAAGACAGUGGUGGAUUAAAAACUUUCAGCACAGAGGAUUACAUGGCCAAAACUCCUCACUGGGCUUUAUUUGGUGCUAAUGAAAGAGGCUUUGAUCCCAAGGACACAAGAUUUCAGAGGAAGAACAAAUCAAAGAAUAUUUCUGGAUGUUGAGAUUAUGUGCAUUUAGGAUACUGAAGGACAAAAACUAACGGCCCCAGAGGGUUCUCAGACUCCACCGUGAUUUUUUUCAAGGACAAAUUACACAAAUUAUAUUUUCAUACCCAGGAGACUGUAAGGCAGAACCUGAGGAUACAAGUCAUGUCCUGAGACUGAGGAGACAGCAUCACUCUUGGAGUUCCAUAGCCUUGCCAUUUCUUUCCAGAACUCAGUCCCUUUUCUGAUUUUCCUUCUGAGAAGAAAUUCACAUGGGAGCGAGGGGGAGUAUACACACUCAUUAUUAGGAUUUAACUGACAGUUUUGAGUUAUAAUUAGUAACCCUCCUUAGAAUGCUAUUGAGGUUGUACGGAAUGAGUAUCUUCCUCUUCCCCUUGCGGCUAUAGCCCUUGUGGGUUGUACGGCCCUGAGGUAAGUGUAUCCACUCCCUCUAAGAUCUUAUAUCUGAAACUAACUUAAGUUGUCAUAAUUCUCAGUUAUUUUAAAAUACUGCAUAUAUUACUUCAAAUUUUUGUUUAGUACCAACCCUUUAGAAACUGAAUGGGUUUUAAAACUGGACUAGAUAUCAUUCUGUUCCCAAAUUGCCAGAGAGGGUAAUAUAUGGGCUGAAUUAGAGUAAAAGCUCUUUUCUGUAAGAAGAAUUGCCAUCUGAUGUCAUUGAAUAGUUAGUCUCACACACUUGGAAACAUGAGUACAAUUUGCUUUUUGUUUAAGAAGUCAGUGUUUAAGCCUCGUAUGAGUACAUGUAUAGCAGGUCUGACCAUCUUCUUUCACUCUUGUUGCCCUAAGUACUUGACUCAGUCUGUUCUUUAAGGUUCAAGUUUUUUCUCAUUGUAAACAUGAAAUAAUAGCUUUUUAAAGUAUUAUAGUUAUUUUUAAAAUUUCUUUAUCCUAAAAAUUUUAGUAAUAAAAAUCUUUUGUAGA